AUGAUAUAUGAUAUUUUACCCCCACCUUUAGAAAAAAUAACUAAGGAUGUUCAAAAGAAAGAUAUAACUCAUAAUAAUAAUAAUAGAAACAAUAUUGAAGAAGAUAAUAAUAAAUUUAAAAUAAAAAAUGAAGAAAUGAAAAGAGAUUCUUAUAAUAAUACAUUUAAUAAAAAUAAUCUAAUUGUUAAUAAUAAUAUUGCCGAAAAAUAUAAAAAUAUUAUUUUAGAUAUAAAUGAAAUAAAUUUAAUAUUAAAAAAUCAUCCUAAUUUUAAAAAAAUAUUAGAAGAUGAAAAAGUUAUUCAAUUUAUGGAUUUGUAUUUAAUAAACCCAAUAGAUGCAAUAAUAAAAUAUAAAAAUGAAAAACAUAUUAUUGAUUUCUUAAAUAUUUUAUUUAAAUAUAUGAAUGCUAAAAGAAACUAUAUACAUUUAAAUAAUCUACCUCAAUCUUUUACAUUCCACAAAAAAUAA